AUGUAAAACCUAAAUAGGCGGUUUUACUAUAAUUAUCAUGAUAAAUUGAUUAAAAAUGGUAAAUUAGAAUUGAUAUUGGCAUAAUUUAUAUGCUGUUAUUUAUUUUCAAUUAUUAUGCUAAAUUUAUUUAAAUUAAUUCUUUAUGUUUUAAUAAAACCAUAAUUGAUUACAUUUAAUAAAAAGAGCAAUAGAGAUUUAGUAUAUUCAUUAAAAUUAAUUUUAAAAUAAAAAUUAUAUUAAUAUAUGAGCAUAUUGAAUAACUAAUCAAUUUUUUAUAUUUUUGAGGGUUGGGUCUUAGAAUUUGGGACAUUUCAUUGUUUAUUGAAGAAGUAUAAGUUAUUAUGUAAGAUAAAUAAUAAAUAGAAAAUUAAUAAGAUAACAAAUUGAUAUUCACCUCCUAAAAUAAUUUAUUGUCAAAUACUUAUUAGAAAAGACUUAAAAGAAAUCUCUAUUAGAGAUGGAAUAAAAUUAAUUCAUUUGGAUUUCUUAGUUGAAGGAAAACUCAGAAAUUAUAAUGUACUCUUUUUUAUGAGUCUUUCAAAUCAAAGGAUUACAUAGCUUAAUAUUUUUGCGCAGAAAAACAUAAUUUUUUUAAAGAAUGCUUAAUUAGAUGGUUAUUGA